AAUAACAAUAAAGAAAACUCUGAUAUGACAGUGAAUACAACUGAAAAAAAUCUUAAUAACAAUAUCUUGAAGCAAAAAGAACCUCUAAAAAGCCUUUCUACUUGGGAUGAAAAAGAAACUCAAGAUUUUGAAAGAGAAAAAACAAACUUACUUCAAGAAAUGAAAGAAAACAGAGACAACAAAAACAAAACAACUGAAAAAAAAUACGUGAUUCUUUGCAUAAUAAUUUAG